GCCUUGCUGUUGGCAAAUAUAAACCUAGGAGUUUCCCCACCGCUCCUGUGAUAUGUCAUUAGUUUUACAUUUCCAUACAGAGGUGUUUGAGCUUUCAGCAUGAAUCUGGCAUUAGCACUUUUGCUUUGUAUGUUUUCAGAGACGCAUGGUUUCAACAAACAGCAUUCUGUUGAACCUCAGCCCAACUUUGAUCUGGAGAAAUUUGCAGGUGAAUGGUACCGUAUUGGACUUGCAGAUGAAUCCGCGCUGUUUGCAAAGUUCAAAAACCAGCUGAAGAUUUCUAAAGGUCUUCUGGUACCAAAUGGCAAUGGAAAUGUGAAUCUAACCAUGUGGACCAUGAGGCCAUAUGGAUGCUCCGUCAAUGUUUAUUCAUACGAGAAGACAGAUGUUCCUGGAGAGUUCACUUACUUUAGCAAAAGGCACAAGACAACAAAAGACAUCACAAUAGUGGAGACCAAUUACACAGAUUAUAGUUUGGUCCUUAAAUACAAGAACAUGAACAAAGACUACACUCAAGUAGCUCUUUAUGGACGCUCAUCCAUACUAAGACCAGAUCUAAUUGAGAGAUUCAGAUCUUUUGCUUUAUCUCUGGGCUUUUCUGAGGAGGCCAUUAUCGCCCCAACAGAUGUUGAUCCUUGCCCUAUCCUAGAACCAAGCCAGCCGUGGAGUCAGACCAUGGGUUACAUAUAUUCAGUAUUGUUACACAUUUGGGGAACAGUGUUUGUUUUAACGCAAACAUUCAUUGGAGAAAUGCAACUAUGACAUCGUCAAUGUAACGCAGUUUGUGCUACAACUGUAAGCCAGCAGGUGGAGCUGUUGUAUCCAGCCAGCAUCACUGUUAAAAUUCUGAUCCACCUGACACUGAUGUUUACUAACAGGCAGUGCUGCUGAUAAUGGACAUGCAUUUGUGUGGUUGUUUGCUUAAUGUUUACAGAAAAUUUGUGACAAAUCAUUUAAAUCAUUUUACAAUUCCACUGUAUUUUCAAAAUGAAUAAUAAAAAUGUUGUGUUUUUUUUU